AAAUCCCACGUGACUGGCCCUGCGCUCAAACCAUCAUGGCAUCUCCCAGUGGGAAGGUAGCGCUGGUGCCGGACGCUCCUGGUUGUGGGCCCCGGCCACUGGCGCGGGACUUGGUGGACUCCGUGGAUGAUGCAGAGGGGCUGUACGUGGCGGUCGAGCGGUGUCCGCUGUGCAAUACCACCCGCCGGCGGCUGACUUGCGCCAAGUGCGUCCAGAGCGGCGAUUUCGUCUACUUCGAUGGCCGCGACCGGGAGAGGUUUAUUGACAAGAAGGAAAGAUUAAACCAACUUAAGAGCAAGCAAGAAGAAUUUCAAAAAGAAGUAUUAAAAGCCAUGGAAGGAAAAUGGAUAACAGAUCAAUUGAGAUGGAAAAUAAUGUCCUGCAAGAUGAGGAUUGAACAACUGAAACAAACAAUAUGUAAAGGAAACGAAGAAAUGAAGAAAAAUUCAGAAGCUCUUCUCAAAACCAAGGAAAAGAACCAGAAGCUUUAUAGUCGAGCACAACGGCAUCAAGAGAAAAAGGAAAAGAUUCAGAGGCACAAUCGAAAACUUAGUGACCUGGUAGAAAAAAAGACUCUUGACUUAAGAAGUCAUUAUGAGCAUCUUGCAGACCUUCGGCGAGCCCACAUUCUAGAGCUCACCUCUGUCAUCUUUCCAAUUGAGGAAGUAAAGACCGGCGUGAGAGACCCUGCAGAUGGGUCUUCAGAGAGUGACAGUGCCAUGACUUCCAGCACUGUGAGCAAGCUUGCCGAAGCCCGGAGGACGACGUACCUCUCAGGACGCUGGGUCUGUGAUGACCACAAUGGGGACACCAGCAUCAGCAUCACGGGGCCCUGGAUAAGCCUGCCAAACAAUGGGGACUACUCUGCCUACUACAACUGGGUGGAAGAGAAGAAAACAACGCAGGGGCCUGACAUGGAGCAUAAUAACCCUGCCUAUACCAUCAGUGCUGCGCUGUGCUAUGCCACUCAGCUGGUCAACAUUUUAUCUCACAUACUUGAUGUCAAUCUUCCUAAAAAGCUGUGUAACAGUGAAUUUUGUGGAGAAAAUCUCAGCAAACAGAAGUUUACUCGAGCCGUGAAGAAACUGAACACAAAUAUCCUUUACCUUUGUUUUUCUCAGCAUGUAAAUUUGGAUCAGUUACAACCACUGCACACCCUCAGGAACCUCAUGUACCUGGUCAGCUCAAGCUCAGAGCACCUGGGCAGGUCAGGACCCUUUGAAGUGCGAGCAGACCUUGAGGAGUCCAUGGAAUUUGUAGAUCCUGGAGUCGCUGGAGAAUCCGAGGAGAGUGGAGAUGAGCAUGUAAGCGAUGAGGAAACUGAUUUGGGCACAGACUGGGAGAACCUGCCAAGCCCUCGGUUUUGUGACAUCCCUUCCCAGCCUGUGGAAAUCUCCCAGAGCCGGAGCACCCAGGUGUCCCCACCUAUUUCGAGCAGCAGCGCAGGGGGGAUGAUCUCCUCUGCGGCAGCCUCAGUGACCUCGUGGUUCAAAGCUUACACUGGGCACCGUUAACGAACAUGGACUGAAAACAUGCCAAAUCUGCAUCAAGAAAGCUCUCCCUAAUAAAACUUGUUUGUUAAAUAGUGCUUGGGGACAAAAGGAUUGUUUUCAUCAGGAAGAGAAGCAGCUUUGCUUGCCAGGUGGCCUAUGAUUUUGACCCACGUGCUUAUGGUAGUAGAACACAGGAUGUGGAGAGCCUUCUGCCCACACCAGCGCUAGUUUGAGAAGGACCUGUGUGUGGCCAGUGCCAUGAAGGAGGGCAUGCUCUGGGCUCUUCUGGGUCCUAGGCUCCGCAGACCCAGGUCAGUGUUGUCCUGAUGAUGCUGACUCUUAAGUUCUGGAGGUUGCAUGAGUCACGAGGAAGUGAUUCUUAACGACUUGGAAAACAGUAACUUUUUCUGCCAUCUUUUUUGGUAGAAAAACAGGCAAUUUGAAGAUUUUUUGUUUUUAGAAUAAGGGAUUUAUGUUUGGAAGAGGGUAGUUUUCUGAGGGCAAGGAAUAAUUUAAACUCAUUUUAUUUAUGCUGCUCUGUUGUAACUCAUCAGGUUCCUGUGUUUCUCCCCAACCCCUCCCCCAACACCAAAGAAGCUAAGGUCUGUUUAUCUGUAGGACACACACCCAUGAACAGAAGAAGUCCUAGCUGCAAUAAUAUACCAGAGAUGUUUACUUUCUUGUAUUCUGUAGGGGAACUAAGCUCAUUCUUAGCUGGUUUAUUGAAUUACUACUAUCCACACUAUGUCCACUUUGAAUGGAAGUUACUUUUUGAGUGAAAAGUCAGAAAAGCCAGGCAUGGUGGUGCACACCUGUAAUCCUACCACUUGGGAGGCUGAGGCAGGAGGAUCAU